CUUCCGUUGCAGAAUGGAAAUUGGCAAAGAGAGAGGGAAAAGGUCCAAUUUGCGCCUUUGCUAUUUUAGGGGAAGUUGAAAUUACCAGCCAAAGUGGAGUGAUGCGCUUGCUGGAGUGAUCCCCCUUUUUCAACACAGAAGAAAACCCAGGUCUUUUGCUUGUGAAGUGGCUGGGGCUCUGGGGCACGAGGCAUUAUUAUAUAAAUUCAAGCUCGCUCCUGAUCCUUAGUACCCUGAGUUGCCUGAAGGGGGGAAUGGCACUGCCUGCGUUAGCAGCCCGGGAGCUGGGGCCGCGGUUGCAACUGGAGCAAGGAGCUCCCGCCCGCACCACCUGUCCCCGCCGGCAUUCCAGAGUAGAGGCCGAAUUGGCAGCCAGCCGGCCAGGGUCGGUCGCCGCCUCAGUCUGCGCGGGUCCUCCUAGGGGUGUGUCUCACGGAUUCAACUCCUCGCCGCUCCUGGACGAGCCCCCAAAGGCGUCUUCCUCCUUGGCGGGAGCCUUGCGCGCCCCGCUCUUCGCGCUGCUGCCCAGAGGCCGCCGCAGGCGGAUGCACGACCUCAGGCGACGCUGGGACCUGGGCUCCCUCUGCCGGGCCCUGCUCACUCGGGGCCUGGCAGCCCUGGGCCACUGGCUCAAGCACGUGCUCAGUGCGGUCUUCUCCAAGAUUUUCAGCCCCUUGGCCAGCGUCGGGAACAUGGAUGAGAAAUCCAACAAGCUGCUGCUGGCUUUGGUGAUGCUCUUCCUAUUUGCGGUGAUCGUCCUCCAAUACGUGUGCCCCGGCACAGAAUGCCAGCUCCUCCGCCUGCAGGCGUUCAGCUCCCCCGUGCCAGAUCCUUACGGCUCGGAGGAUGAGAGCUCCGCCAGGUUCGUACCCCGCUACAAUUUCAGCCGCGGCGACCUCCUGCGCAAGGUAGACUUCGACAUCAAGGGCGAUGACCUGAUCGUGUUCCUGCACAUCCAGAAGACCGGGGGUACCACUUUCGGCCGUCACCUGGUGCGCAACAUCCAGCUGGAGCAGCCCUGUGAGUGCCGCGUGGGGCAGAAGAAAUGCACUUGCCAUCGGCCGGGUAAGCGGGAGACCUGGCUCUUUUCCAGGUUCUCCACCGGCUGGAGCUGCGGGCUGCAUGCCGAUUGGACCGAGCUCACCAGCUGCGUGCCCGCGGUGGUGGACGGCAAGCGCGAUGCCAGGCUGAGACCUUCCAGGAACUUUCACUACAUCACCAUCCUCCGAGACCCAGUGUCCAGGUACUUGAGCGAAUGGAGGCAUGUCCAGAGAGGGGCAACCUGGAAAGCAUCCCUGCACGUCUGUGAUGGAAGGCCCCCAACCUCCGAAGAGCUGCCCAGCUGCUACACUGGUGAUGACUGGUCUGGCUGCCCUCUCAAAGAGUUCAUGGACUGUCCCUAUAAUCUGGCCAACAACCGCCAAGUACGCAUGCUGUCUGACCUGACUCUAGUGGGAUGCUACAACCUCUCUGUCAUGCCCGAAAAGCAAAGAAACAAGGUCCUUCUGGAAAGUGCCAAAUCCAAUCUGAAGCACAUGGCGUUCUUUGGCCUCACUGAGUUUCAACGCAAGACCCAGUAUCUGUUUGAGAAGACAUUCAAUAUGAACUUUAUUUCGCCAUUUACUCAAUAUAAUACCACUAGGGCCUCUAGCGUAGAGAUCAAUGAGGAAAUCCAAAAGCGUAUUGAGGGACUGAAUUUUCUGGAUAUGGAGUUAUACAGCUUUGCAAAAGACCUCUUUUUGCAAAGGUAUCAGUUUAUGAGGCAGAAAGACCAUCAGGAGGCCAGGAGGAAGCGUCAGGAACAACGUAAAUUUCUGAAGGGAAGGUUCCUUCAGACCCAUUUCCAGAGCCAGAGUCAGGGCCAGAGUCAGAAUCCGAGUCAGAAUCUGAGUCAGAACCCAAAUCCCAAUGCAAAUCAGAACCUAACUCAGAACGUGACUCAGAGCCUGACUCAGAAUCUCACUCAGAGUUCAAAUCCCAACUGGAUCCAGAAGGAGAACAGGGCAAGUCAGAAGCAGGGCCCUGGCCAGGAGCAGAGUGAGAGCAACACGAGCAAUGGCACCAAUGACUACAUGGGCAGUGUGGAGACAUGGCGUUAAGGGGCUCUGAAAGGCUUGUGCACACUGCUUCCCAAAACACCACCAAAAAGAUGGCACAGCUUAGAAGAUGAAAAUGCCCAAACACAUCCACUUCCUUCAUUUCAGAAGUUCAAAAAAGUGUAGAUGUUGCCUUUACAGUUGCCUUUCGAUUCAGUGUUACACUGUGUGUGAGUAAAGCAGAUCUUGAUAUGUAAUUAAAUUGUCUUUUUUUUUUUUUUGGUUGAACUAUUUCUGAAAUCCAAAAGCCAAACCAGAUUCACCAGAAAUUGCUGUUCAGAUAUUUUAAGAAGUUCUUAAAUUAGGUAUGGAGACACAAAGAAAACAUAAAAUGUGGCCAUUUAAUUUACAGCUAAGAAAUAGAAUUUAAAUGAUUCAGGAUACACUGUUAAAACCCAAUCUUGAAAGCAAACCUUUUCCCCCCCAAGGGUAAAUAUAAGUAAAACCAAAGAAAGACUAAAAGAAACAUAGAACCUUUCAUUUUCUUCUUGUUUAAACAGAAUAACAACUGAUGAUAAAUUUUUACCAAACUCCAGAAAAUAAAUAAUUCUACACUGAAAUGUAGGUGGUUUUAUGCAAAAAAGAAUUGGCUUUUCAAAUAGAUCAGGAGUCAUAUCUUGUCAUUUAAGAGCUGUCUAAGAUUUAAAAUUUUUUCUACUUUCUACUGAUUAAAGGUUUUAAACAGGGUGUAUCUUAUAUUAACAAAACAUAUUUUUCUCCAAAUGUAAAGAUCUAAUUUCCAGAUGCUUUCAGGGCACUGUAAUUUCAACAGUUUCAAUCUUUUUUGCAUUGCUUCUCUUUCACUUUAAGGCUUCUUCGAGUUGUGCUCAUUCCAAAUGAACCCAUGUAUAGAAUUUUUCUUCAUCAUCUAAAUGGUGUGUUGCUAAACCUCUUGUGGUAUAUAAUCCCAGAUGAAAGUCAGGACUUUAUUUCUAUAACGUCGUCUUAUCAAUUUCUGUGUGGUGAGGUCCUAGCCAAGAAACUCUCACACAGGAUAAUGUAUCUCAAAAUAUUGCUGAACUUAUUCUUGAUCAGGUUAAAUUGAACCUGAAUAUGAAUUGUUAAUUACUUUGUGCACAUCUUUAUUGUAAUGUUUCCCAUUUGGCUGGCUAUUUCUGGCCCAUAGUUCUUCUUUGUGUUGACAAAUUUGUACACAAUGAUAUGAAAAGAGCAAAAGUGAAGCGUAUUCUGCAGUGAAGUGUCAGGAAUAUUCAAGUUGUAGAGAAUAAUUUGGUACUGGAAGUCUGUGCAAAAAUACUUUGAUGGUAUUAAUUACGAUCUGAACAAACGAAGAAGAAUAUACCUACUGUGUUCCUGAGCAUCAUAAAUUCUUGGCAGUUUCCUUUUAUGGGUGUUUCUACAGUUUUGUAAAAACUUACAUUAGUCCCUUGACUUUCAAUCAAAGAGGUAACUAGAAGUAGCAUUUAUGUUUUCAGGAGGGACAUGCUUAGAAGUGUGACCAUAAAGUCACAUCUAGCACAAUCUGCCCAAGUGCAUGACCUAAUUUCACCUGUAAUAAUAUGGCCACAAGUUGGAGAAGAAGUUAUGUAUUUGGAUUGAAAGGGAUUUUCUUAACUCUGAGCUUGUACCAGUAUUUAUAGCUUUUUUUUGUGGUAUUGAAGUCUUGAGAAUUAUGAGACCUAAAACACUGGAAGGAAAUUUUCUUUAAGAGCACAUCUUGAAGUCAAAGUGUUUUAGAAUUAAUCUAUUUGGUGUACAUUGUGUUCUUAAAAUAUUCUGUAGAUCACUAUGGUAUUUCAAUUUCUUUAGUUUUAAUUGAAAGUGUUUGCUCUUAAAACUGACAGUAUUGGAAAGCAGGAAGAAGUUCGAGCCAGUGGAAAAGCUUGUUACAGACAAAAAAUUGUGUUAUUGCUGUGGUGUGCAUGGUUUGCAGAGAUUAAGUGCAUUUUCUCUGUCUAUACUGAUUAUUGUAUAUAGAGGAUGUUAUAAAUAUACAUUUUUGUCAUCAUUAUGUAAAUCCCACGAUUUCAACUGUAAACAUCUGUUCAGUGGUGAAGCUUUACAAGCCAUUCACUGAUUUCGUGUAAUUUAACAAUAGAUGUGAAAUAAAGUUUUAAUUGCA